GUCCAAUAAUCCUCUCGCGGACUUAAAUACCCCCCUCAAGGCCCACUGCUCGUGCGCAGUUCCUCCGAAUUAUCAUCUUGCUGCCCUCAAUACUCCCCCAUCCUCCACAGGCGAGCUCGUCAGUCCAGCAGGCGCCCUUCUCCUGCCCACACGGUCACUACCAUAGCUUUCCUUCCAGCCGACCGUGGUCGUACAAGAUCAAUCGGAGGAUCGCAUCUAUCUGCUCAGGAUCACGCUAUGGCUUCUCCCCGACAGGUCUAUUUGCUGCCUUUAAAGGAUGAUGGCUCCCCAGACAUUCCGGGAGGCUACAUUUAUCUCCCUCCGCCCACCGAUCCAUCCUAUCUUCUUCGCUUCGUAAUUGAGGGAACGAGCUCGAUUUGCAGGGAAGGCCAACUGUGGGUAAACAUCCCAGAAGAUGGUCACCCAUUCAAUCGCUCUGCGUUUCGCAGCUUCAGACUCUCUCCGGACUUCAACAAGAACAUUCAAAUCGACAUUCCUGUCACUUCCCCCGGAUCAUUUGCCUUCUACGUGACCUUCUCUCCGCUUCCCGAGUUCUCGAUCUCCCAGACACCUACUCCAGAACCGACAAGAACUCCAACUUACUACAUUGACGUCUCACCCAAGCUGACUCUUCGCGGUCGCGAUCUGCCACUCAAUGCUCUUUCCAUUUACUCAGUCAUAUCCAAAUUCUUGGGUCAGUAUCCUACAGAUUGGGACAAGCAUCUCAAUGGUAUCAGCCAGCGCAAUUACAACAUGAUUCAUUUCACCCCUUUGAUGAAACGCGGUGACUCCAACUCGCCGUACAGUAUAUUCGACCAGUUGCAAUUCGAUGACGCUGUAUUCCCCAAUGGGGAACAGGAUGUCGCCCAGUUAGUCAAGAAGAUGGAGGAGGAAUACGGGCUCUUAUCUUUGACGGAUGUUGUAUGGAAUCAUACGGCCAACAACAGCAAGUGGCUUGAGGAACAUCCUGAAGCUGGCUACAGCGUUGAGACUGCUCCCUGGCUUGAAUCAGCCCUAGAGUUGGACACUGCCUUGUUGAAGUUUGGUCAAGACCUUGCUCCUCUCGGCUUGCCGACUGACUUCAAAUCAGUAGAUGACCUUGUCACCGUAAUGAAUGCUGUUCGUGAGCAUGUCAUCCACAAACUCAAGCUAUGGGAAUACUACGUCGUCAAUGUUGCUGCGGACACGCAGAAAAUCAUCGAGCAAUGGCAGGUAUCCCAAAACAUCGACACCACAAGUGAUAAGUGGUCGCAGCACAGGCUGAAAGAGUUCGGCAACUGGACUCUGGAAGAGCAGGCGAGCUUCGUCUGCAAUAAAGCCAUUCCAACAUCAAAGCAACUUCUUGGGCGGUUCAGCAGAGCGACCGAUCCAGAGUACGGGGCAGCGAUACUAAAUGUACUGCUUGGUCCGUUUGAUGCCGCAAAAUCUGAUACAGCUGCGGCUGAGCUUACUAUCACGAAGAUACUCGACGAGGUGAAUCUUCCUUUCUACAAAGAAUACGACGCGGAUGUUUCGGAAAUCAUGAACCAGCUCUUCAACCGGAUCAAAUACAUUCGCAUCGAUAGCCACGGGCCUAAACUAGGACCAGUCACGGAGCAAAACCCUCUCAUCGAGACGUACUUCACCAGGCUCCCUCUGAAUGAAACCACGAAGAAGCACAAUGACAAAGCUCUUGCCCUCGUUAACAACGGCUGGAUCUGGAAUGCUGAUGCAUUGCGAGACAAUGCUGGACCCUUCUCCAAAGCAUAUCUACGUCGAGAAGUCAUUGUUUGGGGUGACUGUGUGAAACUGAGAUAUGGAUCCUCUCCCGAAGACAACCCCUUCCUCUGGGAUUUCAUGACUAAAUAUACCCGACUCAUGGCCAAAUACUUCUCCGGAUUCCGCAUCGACAAUUGCCACUCGACACCCUUGGUGGUUGCGGAAUAUCUACUGGACCAGGCACGAAAAGUUCGACCCAAUCUCACGGUCUUCGCGGAGCUCUUCACCGGCUCAGAAGAAGCGGACUACAUUUUUGUCAAGCGUCUUGGUAUCAAUGCUCUCAUUCGCGAGGCAAUGCAAGCUUGGAGCACUGGGGAACUUAGCCGACUUGUUCAUCGCCAUGGAGGCCGUCCAAUCGGUAGCUUUGAUGUUGACUUGCCUUCAUCGGGAAGUGGUCAUGCUAUUGCUUCAUCAGGCAUUGACAGUGGCAAAGAGAACGUUUCCCAUAUUCGUCCAACCCCUGUCCAAGCUCUUUUCAUGGAUUGCACUCAUGAUAACGAAAUGCCGUCCCAGAAGCGGACUGCGAUAGACACGUUACCAAAUGCAGCUCUGGUGGCUAUGUGCGCCUCGGCGAUCGGGAGUGUCAUCGGCUACGACGAGAUCUACCCUAACCUCGUUGACCUGGUUCACGAGACUCGUCUUUACGCUUCCAGAUUUUCAGAUUCGGCCAAGGUCGAUCUAGACUCUCUCGAAGGAGGCAUAGGUGGCAUCAAGAAAUUGCUGAACGAACUGCAUACGGUAAUGGGUUCUGAGGGCUACGACGAGACCCAUAUCCAUCACGACGAAGAGUACAUUACUGUUCACAGAGUACACCCGAAGACACGGAAGGGAGUCUUCUUAAUCGCUCACACGGCGUUCCCAGGGCAAGACAGCAAAGCGAUUUUGGCUCCCACACGCCUUGUUGGUACUCGAGCAAAGCAUAUCGGGACGUGGCUACUGGAGGUCGAUUCGUCUGAGAAUACCAGGAAGAAAGUCACCGGUGAUAAGUCCUACCUGAGGGGGCUACCCAGUCGUAUUCAUGCUAUUGAGGGCACGAAGGUCGAACAAGACGGCGACGACACAGUCAUCUCGGUUUUGGAAGCGCUUGUUGCCGGAUCCAUUUCCCUAUACGAAACGUCCAUUCCUAGCGCUGAACAUGCUGCGGGACUUGACGCUCACAUCACGGAUGGGGUUGACGACGCUUUUACAAAUCUUAGCUUGGUUGAUCUUAACUAUGUGCUUUAUCGCUGCGAAGCAGAGGAGCGAGAUUCCAGCAAUGGUCAAGACGGGGUCUACAGUAUUCCAAAUUACGGUUCUCUGGUUUAUGCCGGUCUUCAAGGUUGGUGGAGUGUUCUUGAGAACAUCAUCAAGUACAACGAGCUCGGUCAUCCACUUUGCGAUCACUUGCGAAACGGUCAGUGGGCACUUGACUAUAUUGUUGGGCGCCUGGAGAAGGUUGCGAAGACAGAAGGCUAUUCUGCUCUCCAUAAACCUGCGGCCUGGUUGCGAGAAAAAUUCGAGGUUGUUCGUGGAUUACCCAGCUUCCUACUUCCCAGGUAUUUCGCAAUUAUACUUCAAACUGCCUAUAAUGCUGCGUGGAAGCGAGGUAUCCAGCUUCUCGGUGGCGACAUACAAAAAGGGCAAGAGUUUAUUCAUCAGCUAGGCAUGGUGAGCGUUCAGAUGACCGGAUACGUUACCUCGGCAUCUUUGUGGCCGACAAAGAGGGUACCUAGCCUUGCAGCUGGCUUACCACACUUUGCCGUCGAUUGGGCAAGAUGUUGGGGUCGCGACGUUUUUAUCUCACUGCGAGGCCUUUUACUCUGCACCAGCCGGUUUGAUGAUGCCAAAGAGCAUAUCUUCGCAUUUGCAAGCGUCCUCAAACAUGGAAUGAUCCCGAAUCUCCUCAGUAGUGGAAAGCUUCCACGCUACAAUUCUCGAGACUCCGUUUGGUUCUUCCUUCAAUCUAUUCAGGACUACACCGUUAUGGCUCCUGAUGGUAUUAAGCUUCUGGACGAGAAGGUACCUAGAAGAUUCCUUCCUUAUGAUGAUACAUGGUUCCCGUUCGAUGAUCCUCGGGCCUACUCAAAGCACUCAACAAUAUCCGAAGUGAUCCAGGAAGUAUUCCAGCGCCACGCUCAGGGCUUGUCCUUCAGGGAGUACAAUGCAGGGACAGAUCUUGAUAUGCAAAUGAAGCCGGAAGGCUUUGACAUAAACGUCCAGGUCGACUGGGAGACGGGCCUGAUUUUCGGUGGUAGCCAGUUCAAUUGUGGCACAUGGCAAGACAAGAUGGGAGAAAGCGAGAAAGCCAAGAACAAAGGAGUUCCUGGAACACCGCGAGAUGGAGCUGCAGUUGAAAUCACGGGUCUUGUCUACAGUGCUUUGAAAUGGGUAGCAACGCUCCACGAGCGCGGACUUUAUCCGCACUCAGGGGUGAAUCUUGAGGAGGGAAAGUCAGUCACUUUCAAGUCCUGGGCGGUAAAGAUCAAAGAGAACUUUGAGCGCUGCUAUUAUAUCCCGUCAGAUCCGGAGGAGGACAGCAAGCACGUUGUUGAUCGAAAUGUGGUCAAUCGGCGUGGAAUCUACAAGGACCUCUAUAAGUCUGGAAAGCCGUACGAAGAUUACCAGCUUCGUUCAAACUUUCCCAUCGCAAUGACUGUUGCCCCAGAGCUGUUUACACCUUCGAAAGCACUAUCGGCUCUUGCACUAGCGGAUGAGGUCCUUGUCGGCCCGGUCGGUAUGGCUACUCUCGAUCCAUCUGACCUCAACUAUAGACCAUACUACAACAACUCGGAGGACUCGGAGGACUUUGCAACCGCCAAGGGUAGAAACUAUCACCAGGGUCCAGAAUGGGUCUGGCAGCGUGGUUUCUUCCUCCGUGCGUUCCUGCACUUUGAUCUAGCUCGCAGGACAACACCCGAGGAGCGGACUGAGGCUUAUCAGCAGGUUACUCGACGUCUAGAAGGCUGUAAGAAGGCUCUCAGGGAGAGUCCGUGGAAAGGUCUCACGGAGCUUUCGAACAAGAGCGGUGCAUACUGCGCAGACUCGUCACCUACACAAGCAUGGUCCGCCGGCUGUCUGCUCGACUUGUACUACGAUGCUUCACAGCAUUCUCAGAAUGAAUGAUCGCGUCCUAUACACGUCGAAGAAGAUGAAUCGCAGUUACAUAUUGGCAGACUGAUCAAAGUGGGCCAUUGGGGGAAGUGUAAAGGGACUGAAUAAUCUCCAUUUAGCAUCAUGCAUAUUACAGCAAGUCUUUUCAAUGGGUUUCGAACAUUUUCGGAGUAACUUUCUUUCUCUUUCUUGCAGGACGUGCCGGCUGAACGUUGCGAUCCGGCCGUAAGAACCUAGAUAGUUAGC